CACACCCUUCCUCGAGCAGCAGUACACGGUCAUCUCUCUCUCUCUCUCUCUCUCUCUCUCUCUCUCUCUCUCAGACACACACCCUUCCUCGAGCAGCAGUACACGGUCAUCUCUCUCUCUCUGACUGUGUCUCAGUGAGGCUCGGGGUCAGAGGAUGUCAGGUCGCUCUCAGGAGACUCUGCUCAGAUGAUGCUGUGCUCACGGUGAGGAUGGACUCUCGCGCUCUGACACACAGGUUUACCGUCUGAAGGUGUAGGUGUGGUUCUUCUGGGGUUGAUAGAUCAGUCACACAGCAGCAUGGCCGACGCAGGUGAGAGCGUGAAUAAAGACAUGAAGGUGUUUGUGGUGGACAGCCAGGCGCUGCCGCCUCCGGUGUCUGUGAGGAGGGACGACCCGCGGCUCUCCGUCAUCUACCUGCUGCUGGCCGUGGCUCUGCUGGGGGUCUUCAUCGAGGCUGGGCUCAUCUGGCAUCUCUACAGCAGGCCCGCGGGACCAUCAGAUAUCCAGAAAGUGGAGUAUAUAAAAGGAGAGAAGCACACACUUCCCAGCAGUUCACAUGAUUCCAAUGAAGUUUUACCUGAAAAACCUCCCAAAGCUGAGAGCAAACCAGCUGCAUUUCUGCAAAUCGCUUCGCCUCCGUUCAGUAGGAACGGCGUUCUGCCCUGGAGGUCUGACAGCUUCACGGUGUUCUUGAGGGGUCUGCAGUACAUGAACAACAGCCUGCACAUCCAGCAGGACGGAUACUAUUACAUCUUCUCCAAGAUCUCUCACAUGGAGAACUGCAACUUCUUCAAGCACCAGGUGAUGCAGAGGACAGAGAGGUACAACUCCAUGGCCAUCGAGCUGAUGCAGAGCUCCAGGUUCAUCUGCGUGACAAAUCUAUCCCAAUCGAGGGGCAACAGCUACCUGGGAGGCAUCUUCCAUCUGCUUAAAGGAGACAGUGUGUUCGUGAAGGUCAGUAACAGCUCGCAGGUGCACGGAGACGUCUACGAGAACUUCUUCGGGGCCUUCAUGGUCUAAAUACUGACAUACUUCUGCAAGGACGUCUCACACACACCCUCAGGUAUAUCAAUAUAUUUAGUGUGAGUAUGGCUGACUGCUGAGCCUCGGAUCCGAUGCCAUUUCUCUGUAAGUUUGAUGAGUUAGAGGCCCAUUCUCAGGAAACCAUUUGAAAGGAAAUAUAUUUUUAAUCACUUGUUUUUAAGUAUUUGUACUAUUUAAGAAGUCAUGUUUAAAAUGCUUGUAAACUUGUUACUGUCAUCAAUGCUUUAUAUAUUAUAAGCUGAUGAUAAUUUAUAUACUGUACACACACUCACCUAAAGGAACACCUGCUCAAUUUCUCAUUAAUGCAAUUAUCUAAUCAACCAAUCACGUGGCAGUUGCUUCAAUGCAUUUAGGGGAUUGGUCCUGGUCAAGACAAUCUCCUGAACUCCAAACUGAAUGUCAGAAUGGGAAAGAAAGUUGGACAAUUGGACAGUUGAAGCCUGGAAAAAUGUUGCCUGGUCUGAUGAGUCUCGAUUUCUGUUGAGACAGAUGGUAGAGUCAGAAUUUGGCUCUUCGUGUCCUGGAUGUGCAUCCCACAGAUCUCCAUCAACUGCAAGAUGCUAUCCUAUCAAUAGGGGCCAACAUUUCUAAAGAACGCUUUCAGCACCUUGUUGAAUCAAUGCCACAGUUCUGAAGGUGAUAGGGGGUCAAACACAGUGUUAGUGUGGUGUUCCUAAUAAUCCUUUAGGUGAGUGUGUAUUACAUGUCUCUGUUUGAAGUGAAGGCAACAUGAAACAGUUUGAUCAUUUCUGACUCUCACUGUAAUCUGAAUUAAACUGGAUUUCAUGGGUUGCUGCACUCUGGAAUUUCUAUUUUCGGGUGAACUACUUUAAGUGCGUUCAACGAGACGACGCACUUGAAUUGUUCAAACAUUCUGGUGUGCGUUCACACUCUCGCACAGAGUGGAGGUGUGACAUUGUUUGAUGUUAUUUAUAAAAGUACAUGUGUGUUUUGAUAUUGACUGGAAUGUGCAUUAAAUGUGUAUCUUAAAAA